GUUUUGAAUUUUUCUUAACCCACCUAUUUCUUGACAUCUGAGCAUUUUAACUUGAAAACCUGUUUCUAAAUAAACCCUGUACGUUAUUUAACUAUGUGAAUAGUAGUAUACCUGUCUGCGUCUGCUUGCGGCUCCCUCUGCCGGAAGCCGUUUGCAAAACCUAGCACACUGUAAGUAAGGCGCUAUUUCUUUAAUCACCAAUCAGCGACUAUUAAAAAAAACAGCAUGUACAUUGACUAGGCAGUAUGUGCUUUUUCAUUGACAUCUAUCAGUGUGUGGUCAAGCUCGCCGACCUUUCAGAUGCAUGUCAUCUUAUCUCAAUUGCGAAGAAUGAUGCUUUUGAUGUCAAUCACAGGGUUGUCUGGUCCAGAUUCGAUUAUUUACAGACCGCCGUCAUAUAGCUGAAAUAUCACUCAAUGCGACAUGAAACAACAAACAAACAAACAAAGAAACAAACAAACAAGAUCAUUCAGUUCAUUCAUGUGGAGUGACUAAAUUUUACAAGGAGCGAUAUGACUCUUCGCCGACAAACAAAUCGUCAAUCGGAAAGUCCUUGACAUUGCUGUUCGUAAGGAAGGCUGAAAACACUGAUAAAGCCAACAGCGCACAGUCAUGAAUAACCGUGGUGUGUUGCCUGGGACGAAUGACUCUGGAAAGCCACAGGUGCAUCCUCUCUACAACUCACACAACAUAAAGCUGUACUCACACUUCAUACCAGUGUAUGUCCAGCACCCAUGGCCGACUAAUCUGGAGCUGGUUGAACAGGAACCGAGCCAGGUCUCGACAUCUCGUACGAGUUUGCACGGUUCAAUCCAACAGACAAAGGUUGUUGCACAUGUUCGAAACAACUCUGUUCCUCGAGAAAAACCAAGAGAUCACACACAGAGGAAUGACUGUCCGCCUCCUGCAGCACAUGGGGUAUUGCAUUGCCAGGACGAACAGGGAACAAAGGUUGUUGCACAUGUUCAAAACAGCUCUGUUCCUCGAGAAAAACCAAGAGAUCACACACAGAGGAAUGACUGUCCGACUCCUGCAGCACAUGGGGUAUUGCAUUGCCAGGACGAACAGGGAACUGCUGAGACAGCACUGGGGCUGAAAGCUAGUGCUUCUGAUGACGUUACGUCGCAACCUGAAACAAAUACCAAACAAGAGUGUGAACGUUUAAAGGACUUCCAGACACCGUGCAUUAAUAAAGGACAAGAUAUGGACACAGAGAGAUCUUCGAAGACAGAGCGGCCAUUGAAUAGAAAACAAGACAAACAGGCUAUGGUGCCAAAAACAGUCCGCAUGUCGAUACCCUUGAUUGCCAUGAAACCAUGCAAGCUGUUGCACAGAGGUCAUGUACCAUACUCAGUCAUCGUGCGGACGACGCGCAGGCCAAGUGGUGUGUACAAGAUAGCCUACAAGUGGGAAACUGUCUAUGUCAGUUCGCCAACAAGCAAUAUCAUCAAGGAGCUUCGGAAACAGUUCAGUGGUGAUGGCAAGCAGGAGAUAGUAAAGUUCUUGCUGAAUCUUACCAAGGAGGAACUUGAGAUGGUGUCAGUGUUCUGGCUUAAUGAGAGCAUACAUGUCCAUCACUGUGGAAGGUCCUACCUGGAAUGUAUCAAAGACCUGCAGGGAAAGAAACCAAUGCUUAACGACAUACAACCGAUUCUCUGCUCGAUGACAAAUGCCGGCGUGACAGUUAUCAAUAAUGAUUCCAAAACUUCAAAAGAUGAUAGAGAACAAUCACAGCAUGUAUCUAUCCUACCUAGCCAUCAUAUUGAAGAUGCUGACAGAUAUAGCCCAUUAGAUGAUCAUAGUGCACCUACAUUCAGCUUGAUGCCGAGAAAGAGACCUGCCUGUGAUGAUGGAGAGAAAUCACAGUUUCAUACAGAUGCAAAGAAAAUAAAGUAUGAUCAACAUGGACAACUGUCAAGGCAUCUUCCGACAAAGAGUCCCAAGGACAUUCCCAUCUGUCGACGUCAAACAACCUUAUCUUCUUCAGCCACAGUGCCGAGUACAGUAAUGAACUUGAAUAUGAAAAUAACUGAGAUGUCACUGAGCAAUGUUUCUACAAUACCAGCCUUGGCCGUCUCAUCCGGACAAAGAUCUCAACCAAUACGAGCUUCUGAAGAUAAGUCAAUGAACCUUCAAAACUUUCAUGAAAAUCAGACAACCCAUGAUGUGCUUCAGCAGUUAGGUAUUUCUCCCCGGUCACCAGAAUUUGAAGCCAGGACCGAAAAUGAUAAUAUGUGGAAAGUGACUGGACAUGCUGUACCAACGAACAUCAUUAGAAAAGAUAAAAGAGUAGAUGCGACACUUUCAACUGUCACUAAAGAGUACCAACCUGCCUGUCCUACCACAAUACAGGUAAAUAAAUAUUCCCCAAAGAAGCUACAACGACAGAGCAUCAGAAGAAAAUGUAAAUCUCCCAGUAAAGAGACAUUAAGAGAUCACUCAACGGUUCUAGGGAAACAUUCACAGACAGGAUCCCCUUGUUUCGAACCAUCCUCUGCAGAGAAGGGCCAGAAACACACUGUCGGUUCUGCACAUUCUCAACACACAAAAAUAACACCUCGAUAUGAGCUUAUGCAGCCUGAGAAGAGAACGAGGGGCAAUGUCUAUUCAGAUCAAGAACAGAAAGUAUCAACAACAAGUGGAAAUGACCCUACUAAGAACAAGAAAAUGACUCCAGUGUCUUCCGAAUCAAUUUCCGAUAACAGUUUUGCAAACAAACCGUCUGUGAUCACGCCUAAUGCUGUAAACCAGAAACCAGAACUAAAUGUGUCCAAACUGUUGGAGAGAAUGUUAAAGGCUGCACCAACCCAGCAGAACCCACCAAACUUUCUUGGUCAGACAAAAACGCCUGGUGAAGGUAGAAGCUGUAAAACCAAGAAUCCACAGUACAAAGGCCGAGGCUCCCAUACUGGAAAGACUUUGGUUUGUGAGUCCAUUGUCUCCAGUACGCAAACAUAUUCUUCAAUCCAACACUCUCAGACAAAAGUUAGAAACAAAACAUCCGGAGAAACACGUAAAAUCAGGGCACGACAAUUGCUUAAGAAAGGCACAGAUUCAACGCAAGGUGUUGGGGUAUUCUCAGUGCUCAAGACCUUUGGCUCGAAAGUUUUGAAUAUGAUGAACCCAUUUGUAACUCCAAACGAUGGUCAGUAGGGUUGCAAACGCUCAAACAACACUGAGCUUAUACACUGCUUUGAACAUGAGUUCAGUUGAUGCGCGGCAGCAGCCCAAACUGAUGUACUCUGUCGGACAAAAGAGAGUAUUCACCCGAGGCUGAUGAUGAAUAAAACAAACAAGAUAUGGUCAUUCUAUGGUGAUGUAUUUGAUACAGGUAUCACAGUAAACUGUUGUGUUUUAGACCUUACGUCUGCAGUGCCGCUAUUCGCUGUGCAGAUUGGGUCCCUUGGGCACUCCAGAAACCUAUGAUUGAGGGUUCGAAUCCCGGUUCGCCCCAAUUAUGUUUCUAGGUUUGUCAGCACCAUACCCGUGUUCGUGGGU